CGAGAGGCCGCGGCGUCCGCCAGCAUCUCCCCGCCGGGGGCCCCGGGGGCCGCGGAGCCGGCGCCGCCGCUGCAGCCGCUGCUGAGACCCGGCGGGCGAUGGGAUGAAGAUGAGACGUUACAAGCUCUUUCUCCUGUUCUGUAUGGCGGGCCUGUGCCUCAUCUCUUUCCUGCACUUCUUUAAGACCCUGUCGUACGUCACCUUCCCCCGGGAACUGGCCUCCCUCAGUCCCAACCUGGUGCCCAGUUUCUUCUGGAACAAUGCGCCCGUCACACCGCAGGCCAGCCAGGAGCCGGGGGCCUCCGAGCUCUUGCGAACCCCUCUGUAUUCGCACUCACCGCUGCUGCAACCUCUGUCACCGAGCCGGGCAUCUGAGGAGUUGCACCGUGUGGACUUUGUAUUGCCCGAGGACACCACCGAGUACUUUGUCCGCACCAAAGCCGGGGGUGUCUGCUUCAAGCCAGGCACCAAGAUGCUGGAGAAGCCACCGUCGGGGCGGCCAGAGGAGAAGGUGGACGGCACCUCUGACAAUGCCGAUGGUGCCUCGGCCCGGGGCCCGACGGCCCGGCGUGUGCUGAGCGCCCAGGAGCACGCGGGGAGCCGGGGCAGGGGUGGCCGUCGCAAGUGGGUGGAGUGCGUGUGCCUGCCCGGCUGGCAUGGGCCCAGCUGUGGGGUGCCCACCGUGGUGCAAUACUCCAACCUGCCCACCAAGGAGCGCCUGGUGCCACGCGAGGUGCCAAGGCGCGUCAUCAAUGCCAUCAACAUCAACCACGAGUUCGACCUGCUGGACGUGCGUUUCCACGAGCUGGGCGACGUGGUGGACGCCUUCGUGGUGUGUGAGUCCAACUUCACGGCCUACGGGGAGCCUCGGCCCCUCAAGUUCCGAGAGAUGCUUACCAACGGCACCUUCGAGUACAUCCGACACAAGGUCCUCUACGUCUUCCUGGACCACUUCCCUCCAGGUGGCCGGCAGGACGGCUGGAUCGCCGAUGACUACCUGCGCACCUUCCUCACCCAGGACGGGGUCUCCCGUCUGCGCAACGUGCGACCCGACGAUGUCUUCAUCAUUGACGACGCCGACGAGAUCCCCGCGCGUGAUGGUGUGCUCUUCCUCAAGCUCUACGACGGCUGGACCGAGCCCUUCGCCUUCCACAUGCGCAAGUCACUCUAUGGCUUCUUCUGGAAGCAGCCUGGCACACUGGAGGUGGUGUCAGGCUGCACCGUGGACAUGUUGCAGGCCGUGUACGGGCUGGAUGGCAUCCGCCUUCGACGCCGCCAGUACUACACCAUGCCCAACUUUCGCCAGUAUGAGAACCGCACUGGACACAUCCUGGUGCAGUGGUCGCUGGGCAGCCCCCUGCACUUCGCUGGUUGGCACUGCUCCUGGUGCUUCACACCCGAGGGCAUCUACUUCAAGCUCGUGUCGGCCCAGAACGGCGACUUUCCACGCUGGGGGGACUAUGAGGACAAGCGUGACCUCAACUACAUCCGUAGCCUGAUCCGCACCGGGGGCUGGUUCGACGGCACUCAGCAGCAGUACCCGCCCGCUGAUCCCAGCGAGCACAUGUAUGCGCCCAAGUAUCUGCUCAAGAACUACGAGCAGUUCCGCUACCUGCUGGACAAUCCCUACCGGGAGUCCAAGGGCCUGCCCGAAGGAACCAGGCGGAACAAGGCCCCCGAGGCAAGGGCCCCCACCAAGGGCAAAUCAGACGUGGUUGAUGGCUAAGGCUGCAUGGUUUUCUGGAGCCCUGGGAGUGGAAGGUGUUGCCCCUUUGUUCCUUUCCUGCCCUCUCUGGGGGAUUCUAGAAAAGACCAGAAAUGGAGGAACAAGGGACUUGGCAGUUGGGGCUCAGGCCUGUGAGUUGGGCACCUAGGAGAGAGGACCUGGCCCUUCAACCCUCCCACCUGCAUGAUGGGGGUGAUUGGAUCACCCCAGGAGGCCAGACAGCCCCUGCCAGGGGACAUGGCUCUCCUCACCCCCCUGCCCACGGGAUUUCAACCUGCAUUGGGACAGAGGGAUGCCCAAAGUUUCCAGGACUCUGUAAAUAGAUGCAUUGGGAUCCAGGCAAGAGCUGGGCGACAGGGAGAAAGGGAAGAUGGGCAGGACCAGUGAGGGAGUGCUGAAUCCUUGGGCGUGGAGGACCCUACUUGACCGCCCCUUGGAACCCAGUACCCCAUUGUAUUCCUUUGCGCAUUUCCUGCAGACAUGAACCGGGAGAUCAGGGGUCUGAGCUCCUUUUGGUCCCCAACCUGGCCCUAACUUCCCUUUCAUUUCUAUCUCACGAGUGGGCUGCUUGCUCUGUUCCUGCCUAGCCAGGAGUCCAACGCUAAGGGCAUGAUGGAGGCCAGAUUAGUUUAGUAAGAGAGGUGGGGUAAGUCACACCCAGUCCCCUCUCCCUGUUGGAACCACAGCCUUUGGGCUCAAGGUGAGCCCCCUUAAGCCUCUCCUUAGGACCAUCAGACACCUAGGAUGGAAUCAGUACGCUGCCACGAGGGACAUUAAAGCCAGUUGAAUGUCGUCUCA